AUGAGUGUGGACGGCGGUAACAAGAAAGACGCAUUCUCUGAUCAAAUUAGCAAUCCUGAGAGAAUGAGGACAGAUACGGUAGCUACCGAAGUGGUGCGCCUAUUCGAUGUCGCCGUAGACUGCCUCAGGAUAUGUCUGUCUUUGUUGUCGGCUAACGAUUUGGAUCGUGUGAAUGAUGCGAAAGAGAAAUUGAUAAUGGAAAUUGAAAACUUACAAAUUGAUAACAAAACGGAAAAGCCGUCUUCAUCGAAAUUCAACAAAACAUCAGAAAGAUUAGAUCGUCCCGCUAAUGAGCAAGAUGGUAGAUCUAGAGAAGAAAUUAGAAUGGAACGUAGAGCUAAAGCUGCUGAAGCGAAGACAAGAAAAAUUGUUGCGGCAAAGGCAAAGAAAGCACUCAAGCAGAACAAUGUGCUUGCAGAUGGAGAAAAAACUUUUAAAAAAACAGUAAAUCAGGAAAAACGAUGCUCAACAUUAGAUGGUAAUGAGCAACAACGUAUCAAUCCAUUCAAGCUUGUGAAAGAUCCUGAACUUCCAAAUAGUUUCCGGUCCUCACAGCCUUUCAGGACUGUUCAUUUUGAUCUAACAGCAAAAGAUGGUGAGAACGAACAAGGCUCAUCAAAACAACCAUCAUUCUGUGAAAUGACAAAAGCAAAUAUACAUCCUUCAUUUUUGGAAUUCGCGAACAGAUGUGAAGCGAAACUCAUUAUUGGUGUUGAUGCUGUUUGCGUGGCAUUUGUGCAGAGUUUUAAACAAUUUUUAUCGGAUUAUGUUAUUUCGCCGAAUCAAAUCAUGUCGCGUGAUCUCGAGCAGGCUCUUCGACAGCAGUUAAACUAUUUGAUGGAGCAUGGAAAGCAUUCAUUUCCUCUGCUAUUGGGUAAUCUAAUAAAGCAGCUGAAGAAGGAAAUUAGUCAGUUGCCGGACUCCGUUUCUGAACAAGAAGGGAAAGAACGUCUGUAUUGUUGGUUAAAUGAUUUCGUGCAACAGAAUUUUGACCUUGCAUUGCAAGCUAUAUCUUCAUUUUGCCUCAGGAAAAUGAAAAAUACAGUCUUUCUGCUCACUUAUUCAUGGUGUCCAGUGGUAGAACGGAUCAUUUUAGAUGCUCAUAGGGAUAAACGGCUGUUUCAUGUAUACGUUUUGGACUCACCUAUAGAUCACAAAGGAAGACAACUAGUGAAGACAUUGUGUGCGCAGAAGAUUCAAUGCAGUUAUGGCAUGCUUUCUUCGGUUGGCUAUUUGAUGAAAGAGUGUGAUAUGGUACUGUUGGGUUGCUCGGCAAUUUUAUCAAAUGGAUUCGUAGUGGCAGAACGUGGCACCAGUCAAAUAGCAUUAGUAGCUUCCGCUUCGAAUAUUCCAGUUCUGAUUGCCGCACAAACAUGCAAAUUUGUUGAUCGAGUACAAUCAUUUUCUCAUGGUAUUCAUGAAGUAAGUGCUUUGAUGGGCGAAAGGAAUGAAGUUGUAGCUGCUGACUUGAUAACUGCCUUGGUUACGGAAUUGCGCAUUUUGCCUCCAAGCUCCGCUCCCGCUGUAUUAAAAGCUAAACAAUUGGCUGUUGAUUCAUGA